AUGAUCUGGUCAUUCUAUCUUACCUCGGUUUUACUUGGUGUCGGUGCAGCUAUACUUUGGACGGCAGAAGGUGCUUACCUGGCAGCUAAUUCUGAUGAACACACCACCAGUCGGAAUACUGGUGUCUUUUGGGCAUUGUUUCAAUGCAGUCUUCUUGGCGGUAAUCUCUACGUUUAUCUGUCGCUCAAAGCCGAUGCCAUCACGCGAACAACUCGAUAUCCACUAUUUUUCGUCUUUUCAGUGGUAUGUGCCGUGGGUUUGGUGAUAUAUGCAUGUAUUAUUUGGCGAUGGUUAAUCGAACGACGUGGACAAAAAUUACAAUCAGAUCCUAUUGAACAAAAAACAGCGCUCAGUGAUGUCAUUGAAACGUUUAAGAUCGCUCUAAGGCUCUUAAAAACACGAAAUAUGCUUCUUCUAUUAAUUCCAUUCGCCUAUACAGGCGGUGGAUUGUUUGGAUUUAUUACCAAACCGAAAACAUCAUCUCAGUGUGCUUUGGUCAUCUUGAUCGGAUUUUUUCUACAAAUUAUUUUCUACUAUUCGGCCUGGAUCAAUUUUCCUGCUGAUGCACCUGCAAAUGAAACCAAUGCUGAAUCAUACUUUCAAUUUAGUUCAUCAACAAGUCAAGUUAUUGCUUUUGUCGGUUCUUUUAUAGUCGGACUUGGAGACAGUGCUUUAAAUACACAGCUGUUCACUGUACUGGCUAGUCAAUUUAAGCAUUCGAGUGCUUCGGCGUUCGCUCUUUUUCAGCUCGUUCAAGUACCGAUUGUCUAUUUACCAUAUUUUUAUAUGCGUUGCAUUUUAGGGCAUAGCAUCGGCGAUUGCCUACUCUUACGCUGGUUCAUUGGAUCUACAGUAUCAACUGUUAGUCGUGGUGGUUUUCCUCAUUCUAAGUGCACUUGCCUUCUUCUGUGUCUUGUUUGGCAAAGCCAUCUCCCAGCCAUUGAAAGUUGGAUUCGAGCAGGAAAAUGA